UAUAGCUUGUCAGACACAGGCUAAAGAGUCGAAGCUAAGUUGAUUUACCGUAACAAACUUUGUUUUCUGCCACGAGGCCUCCAGUUGCGGGCAGGCAUUAUUCCCCUCCUGAUCUGUCUCCUGUUCAUUCAUCCAGAUUUAAAUCAUUCAGAGUGACUGGUAAUCGCCCAGAACGCCAGAGUUGAUAGCGUGGUGUACUUUUACCGGACCUAAUUGCUGGCAGUGUCAAUGGCGUGGUUGACUCGGUGAGUUGGCCCUGUGAACUGUGGUUGUGCGGUGGUUGUGUCCCGCCUGGAGGAGGCACGUGCCCCUGGACCCUGUGCGACGGCUGCAUCAGGUCUGGACAGCCCAGAGAACUAUUUUCCCUACGCGGGUCCCGCUGCCGCUGGCGUAGCUGGCUCCUUGCGCCCCUGGGAACACAACAUCGGCAAGAUUUCACUACCGGCGGGCACCACGUGGCCGCUGGGCCUGGGGCGGGCGCCCGUGGACGUGGGUGUGGGGCUAGGCGGAGGCGGCGUCCACCUCCAGCGUCACGAAGUCAAGGAGGAGGUGGGUGGUCUAAUGGACGUGGGAGACCGUGGAGAAAAACGCAAGGUGGAAGAUUUCUCCACAUUGUACAGCCUGGAUCACGGGCCGACGGCCGCCGCCACACCUUCCCACGGGCCCACCACGCCCCCGCGCUCACUACCUGAACAGACAGGUGAGAAAUUUACCUGCCAUUACACAGGCGGCGACGGAGCCUUCAAGAAAGUGAAGAGUGAGGGCGGAAUGUGCACGACCGGGCACUCCCCUACGCCCACGCCCACCACCUGCCCCACGCCCGCACGCCGGAGACACCGUACCACCUUCACACAGGAGCAGUUGGCGGAGUUGGAGGCUGCUUUCUCCAAGAGCCACUACCCGGAUAUCUACUGCCGGGAGGAGCUGGCCAGGAAGACCAAGCUCAACGAGGCCAGGAUCCAGGUGUGGUUCCAGAACCGACGAGCCAAGUACCGCAAGCAGGAGAAGCAGCUGCAGAAGGCCCUGGCGGGGACACCGUCAGUUCUACCCACCUGCAACGGCGCCAUGAUGAGGAACAUGUACCCGACAGCCACGCGUGGAUACCAGCCCUACCCGAGCCACAACGCAAUAUCCACAUUCAAUACCAUGAACCGAUACCCACAGAUGUCGUCAAGUUCGUACCCCGGAAUGGCACAGCCGUUCAGUAUGACGCACCCUACCUCCAACAUGGCCGCCAUGCGCCAGGAUUCUAUGACAGGUAUGGCGACGGAGGACGACUGGUACAAGAAGGGGCUGGCCUCGCCCUGCUUCUCGGGGCUGCAGACGGCCGCCGACGAGGACUGGUACAAGAAGUCCCUCACAGCGCUCUCCAUGAACACCACGCACCACCCAAACUUGUCGGCGCCCAUGCUUCAGUACCAAACCUAGACGUCCAUCUGCGGUCCCUGGCGGCCGCUGGGAGUCCCGCCCACCAGUCAUCAUCAGCUGCAGCCGCCGCCGCCGCCGCCUACCCGUCCUACUA